AUGCCGGGCAUGAACGGGAUCGAGAUCAACAUGGGCAGCCGCGCCUUCGAGGAAGCGUCCGAGUGCGCGGUCUGCGCCAAGAACUUCCACGCCUUCCGCCGCAAGCACCGCUGCAAGAGCUGCGGCAAGGCCGUCUGCCGCGCCUGUGCGACUGCCCACAAGAAGGCGACGCAUGGGCUCUUGGGCCAUGGCGACGACGGGUCCCGCAUUUGCGACAUCUGCGUCCAGAACGAGCGCGCCGAGCAGUUGGAGCGCAUGCGCAUUGCCGAGGUCGAGCACGCGCGCGCCCGUCAGCAGGCCAACAUGGAGCGCAUGCAGCGCGAGCGCGACGAGGCCGAGCGUCUCGCGCAGCGUGAAGCGCACAGAAAAAAGGUCGAAGCGUACAACGCGUUGGUCCGCAAGCACUUCGGCGACGCUUUGCCAACGGUCACGCGGCGGCGCAGCUUUGACCAUAUUUAUCCGCCAUCGGACAUCACGGCGCUCCACCUGCAAUGGCUCGAGUCGCUCGUCGAGCGGUCGACCGAUAUCGUUCUGCUGCACGAGAAGCCCAUGAUCACACAACUCGAGUCGGUUAUUGAGGAGUGCGCCAUUUGCCUCGAGAUCCUCGAGCCCGGCCAUGCCAUCUACACGACGGCGUGCGGUCACUCGUUCCAUUGGAGCUGCCUCAAGGAGAUCAAGAGUUCCGAGUCGUCCAACUCGGACCAGUGCCCGUCGUGCAGAUCCAACAUGAGCGAGGUCCAGAUCAAGAAGGCCUGCGACCACCCGCGCGUUCGCGCAACACAUUCGUUCUGCCGAGACUGCGGCGAGCGCGUGACCACGGCCGACGUCAAGGCGCGCGCGGACGAGGCCAGCAAUUCGGCGCCGACACCCAACCCUGCGCAAGCUGCGAACGGAGCUACGUACCGCGCGGGGUCGCAAGGCGCCCUCGUGCAGUGCCCCCAGUGCCGCAUCCAAAUGCGCGUCUUGCCCCACAUGUACAACAUGCGUGUUGCAUGCCCAUCGGGUCACAUGUUUCAGGUGCAGGUCGCGCCGACGACGCAGUCGGCGAAUCGGCCCAUGGGCAAUGCCCCGCGCAACCCGAACACCGGCUACCCCGGGGCCAGUUCAAGCUCGUAUUUUUAUCGAUCAUAG